AUGUUCAACCGAAGCAAUCUUCCCUCUAUGCCCGGUCCGUUUGGUUCGAGGCAAGACGGUGGCCGCCCGACUCCACAAGGCUACCCUCAUCCCAACCAAGGACCGCCACGGUAUGCUCCCGGCCACAGCCCCAUAGCCAGUGGAGGAUACGCCGCCCCCGCCUACGACGGCGAUGUACCAAUGGCUGACGCAUCUACUGCUUUAAGGGGAUAUGGAGGUCCUCCUCUGCCGCCGGGGAAAUCCCCUCAACAAAUGGCAGCCAGAGUGCCGGCCGGAGGGAGGCCAGGUGGAGGCCCGAUAUGGACCCUUCAUCCAAGCAAGAGCCCGAACGACAACUAUACCUUUGGCAAUCUCGUGGCGGUGUCACCACAGGAUAUCCCACCCACGCGGGACGGCACCGACGUCCUGCUCCUUAUUAAUGAUCUCUUCGUCUUCUCUGCCCACCCACUCGAAGGAUUCCCGCCAGGAUAUAUCAGCAUGUCAGAUCCUCAGCGGACAUGGGCCAAUAUUGGCUUAAGAGACGCGGUCAAAGUACAGCUGUAUGAUCCGUUCAGCCAGGGCGGACAGGCUUAUCUCGGCUCGGCGGAUAUCGAAGUUAGCUUUGCUUCUACGAAGAAGCGCGUGGAAACCCCGUAUGAUCAAGAUGAAUUGGCACAUGCCGUGUUCCGAAACUUUGACAAUCAAUUGUUCUCGCCUGGACAACGGAUCCUGAUGGAUUAUAAGAGCAUUCCGCUUUUGCUGGUCGUCAAGACGGUCCAGCGGGUGGACCUGACCGCGGAGAAAGUCGACCUCACCGCUGGACAUGUCGAAACCGACCCCAUCGCGAGGGGCAUCCUCACACAGCACACCCAGUUGAACUUCUACAAGGACAGUCAAACCGGUAUAAAUGUCAAACCAUCCAACCGUCGUCCGGCAACCAACUCCAUCAUCCAGCCCGGCUUCAAGUUCGAGGACAUGGGCAUUGGUGGCCUGGACUCCGAGUUCAGUACCAUCUUCCGUCGUGCCUUUGCAUCCCGAAUUUUCCCACCAGGUCUGGUGGAAAAACUGGGAAUUCAGCACGUGAAGGGUCUCUUGCUCUACGGCCCCCCUGGAACUGGUAAAACCCUCAUUGCGCGGCAAAUAGGGAAGAUGCUCAAUGCCAGGGAACCCAAGAUCAUCAACGGCCCGGAGGUUUUGAACAAGUAUGUGGGUCAGUCUGAAGAGAACAUUCGAAAGAUGUUCGCGGAUGCCGAGAAAGAGUACAAGGAAAAGGGUGACGAGAGUGGACUUCAUAUCAUCAUUUUCGACGAGUUGGAUGCGGUGUGCAAGCAGCGUGGCAGCGGAGCGAGCGGUGGUACUGGUGUUGGAGAUAGCGUGGUCAACCAGCUGUUGUCAAAGUUGGAUGGUGUCGACCAACUCAACAACAUCCUGCUGAUUGGUAUGACCAACCGGUUGGAUAUGAUUGACGAGGCAUUAUUGCGUCCGGGGCGUCUGGAGGUGCACAUGGAGAUUUCACUGCCGGAUGAGAAGGGUAGAAGCCAGAUUCUCAAAAUUCACACCGAAAAGAUGCGCACCAACAACGUCAUGGACACCGAUGUCGACUUGGUUGAAAUGGCGCACCUGACGAAGAAUUUCUCGGGAGCCGAGAUCGCUGGUCUGGUCAAGUCUGCUUCGUCCUUCGCAUUCUCGCGGCAUGUCAAGGUCGGCACCAUGGCCAGUAUCAACGAUGACGUGGUGAACAUGAAGGUCAACCGAUCUGAUUUCCAUCAGGCUCUUGAUGAAGUCAAGCCUGCCUUUGGUGUGUCGGAGGAAGAGCUUUCCAGUCGCAUUCAGUACGGCGUCAUCCAUUACUCUGACACGAUCAAUGACAUCCUGCGCGAAGGAGAGUUGUUCAUCAAGCAGGUCGGACAAGCCGAGUCCACACCUCUCUUCUCCGUGCUCCUGCACGGCCCCACGGGCAGUGGCAAGACGGCCCUGGCGGCACGAAUUGCUAUUGAUUCUGGCUUCCCUUUCAUCAAGCUGAUCAGCCCCGAAGACAUGGUGGGCUUCAGCGAGCCGGCCAAAAUCCAGCACAUCAGCCGAGUCUUUGAUAGUGCCUACAAGAGUCGAACAAGUAUUGUGGUGGUCGAUAACAUCGAGCGCAUCAUCGACUGGGUGCCUAUUGGGCCUCGCUUCAGCAACAGUGUGCUGCAGGCGCUCAUGGUUUUCCUCCAGAAACAGCCCACGCACGGGCGGCGUCUGCUGGUCCUGGCUACGACCACUGAGAGAGCCCUGAUGAAACAGCUGGACGUUUACAACUCUUUCAACUCUGACAUCAUGGUCCCGAACGUCAAGUCUUUCGGAGAGCUGCGGCAUAUCAUGGAUCAAUCCGGCGCUUUCGAUGCGCGGGAAAUUGCGCAAGCUCUGGAAGAUGUGGGCGGUUUGGCCGAUGAUGGCCGCCUCAGUGUUGGCAUCAAGAAGGUUUUGUUGGGUAUCGAAACGGCGAAACAAGAUAUUGACAAGGUGGGCCGUUUUGUCCGGGUGAUCAACCGAGCUAUCGAGGAAGAACAAACCUUUACGUAG